AUGAAGCGACUGAACAAAUCCUUGUUCUCUCCCAUUGCUCAAAGCUCGUCACACCAUAACGCAUCGUUCAUCAAUGGUGUUCAGGCUCUUUGCAGCAAUCAACUCAGCAACUUUUCAAUGUCAUCUUCUCACUCAUGUGGAUUUAUUUCCAUCAUGUCUCCUCACGAAUCCAUUGCUUCAAAGCAAGAAGUAUCCAUUCGAGGAUCGUCAUCCUCAUGGGAAGAACGAAUGAAGAAAGGUCUUCAAAGUAUUAGACAUCGAGGACCAGACAGUUCUCACAUUUGGAUUGAUCCACAUCGUGGAGGUAAAGUGGCUCUUGCUCAUGCUCGACUCUCCAUAAUUGAUCUAAAAGGUGGCGAUCAACCUCUCUCCAACCACGAUCAAACCAUUCAUGUGGUCGUGAAUGGAGAAUUAUAUGAUUAUGAAAGAAUUCGUUCAGAUCUCAUGAAUCGGUGUGGAUACACUUUUAAAACACAUUCCGAUAGUGAAAUUGUUCUCGCUCUGUAUCAAGAGUAUGGAUUAGAAAUGUUCAAACACUUGAGAGGAGAAUUUGUAUUUUCAUUGUGGGACUCGAAGGCUGGAAUAAUGAUUGUUGCCAAAGAUCGUUUCGGGAUUAAACCCUUGUUUUAUACGAAGGAUGAAAAGAGUGGAGCUGUGUUAUUUGCCUCGGAGAUGAAGGCUUUCUUUGAGAUGGGAAUUAAGUGUGAAUGGGAUGAAGAUUCAGUGGUGUAUCCAGGUUCCUAUGAUCAGCGUACACUUUUCAAAAAUGUUUAUCAAUUUCCUCCUGGACACUAUGCCAUCAUUGCUCUCCAUGAUGUGAACAUGAGACAACUUUUAGAGGAAUCGAUUCGUCAUCGUUUGAAAGCAGAUGUUCCUGUUGGUGUCUAUCUUUCGGGUGGUAUUGAUUCAUGUGCUGUGUUGGGUCUCUCCAACAAGAUCUUGAAAGAACAUUUCAAAUCAAACGGUUCCAUUGAUGCUUUUACAUUGUCCUUCAAGGAUCAUGUUGCUUUCGAUGAGGCGUCCAUUGCUGCAAAACAAGCUCAACUCAGUGGAGCCAAAUAUCACGAAAUUCCAAUCACUCAACAAGAGUUGGCAGAUCAUUUCGAAGAGACAGUCUAUCAUUGCGAAAGACCAAAUAUUCAGACGAGCUUUAUUGCCAAGUUUUUAUUGUCAAGGGCUGUUCGUGAUGCUGGCUAUAAGGUAGUGUUAACUGGAGAAGGAAGUGAUGAAACCUUCUGUGGAUAUCCAUGGUUUAAGAUUGAUUUACUGAACGAUAGUCAAGCAUUGGCCAAACACGAUCGUGAGGAAAUUGUGAAUCUGUUGCUCGAGAAGAAUAUUGGUUUUAGAUACAUGUUUAAAUCAUUCUUUGCAUCUUCCUCAGAAAAUUCAAAACCGGAUCCUGUGAAGAAACUUGUUGGAUUUCAUCCAUCCUUCCUCUCGGUGUCAUUGGCCUCACAUUACGAUCAGUUUUUGCAUUCUCAUCUUGUUCCAUCCGAAGAGGAGAAGGAAGCCAUGUUGAGAUAUCGUUUGCUCAAUUUAGUGGAUGCUUCAGUGACGGAUAAGAUGAAACACAAAUGGAAUAAUGUCCAUUCCAGCAUGUAUUUGUGGGCGAAAACACUCUUUCAAAACUUUAUUCUCGUGCAUUUGGGAGAUCGAUGUGAAAUGGCUCACUCCGUCGAGGGUCGAGUGCCCUUCUUGGACCACCAUCUCGUCGAGUAUGUGAAUAACCUUCCUCUAAGCCUCAAAUUAAAAGCUGAUCUCGACAACAAAGUACUGGUCGAGAAGUAUGCAUUGCGCGAAGCUACCAAAGAUGUUCUCACUGAGGAGGUAUAUCAACGCAUUAAGCACCCAUUCACUUCACCACCAUCGACAUGGAAUAAGAAUGGUCCUGUGUAUCAGCUCUUCCAAGAGACUUUGAGAAGCUCAGAAUUUGAUAAACAACCAUUCUAUGAUCGUAAGAAGGUCGUUCAGUUUUUGGAUACCGUUCACGAAAGUCAAGAUCCAACCACGUUGCAGGCCUACGAUGGAACCUUAACACAUUUGACGUGCUUGGCAUUUAUUCAAAAGAGAUUUAAUCCUUCUUUGCCUUCACCUUCUACAACAACAAGAUGGCCUUAA